AUGGCAAAAGAUGACCACCAAGGAGGUCCAAGACCGAAUCGUCAAGAUGGCCAAGAAGGGUCUUCGUGCAUCCCAAAUCGGAGUUCUCCUCAGGGAUUCCCACGGAGUUGGACAAGUCUUCCGUAGGCCGGAAACAAGAUCUUCCGCAUCUUCAAGUUCAAGGGAAUGGCUCCAGAGCUCCCAGAGGAUUUGUGCCAUCUCGGCAAGAAUGCCGUAGCCAUCCGCAAGCAUCUUGUUAGAUCCCGCAAGGACAUUGACAGCAAAAACAGACUUAUCUCCCGUAUUCACCGCUUGGCUAGAUACUACAAGACCGAGCGUCAGAUUCCACCAACCUUGAAGUACGAGUCUGGUAAGUUUGAUCUUCUGUAGAUCUGAAAUACUUGAUUUUCCCAUUAAAAUUAUUUAUUUUUCAGUUGAGCCUCGAGGAGCACGUUGUGGAAGCUGCUGCGGUCGGAAACAUUGGAGAUUGCCGAUCAACCCCUACCGCCACUCCGUUCUAUCAUGGCAAAAAAUGACCGCCGAGGAGGUCCAAGACCAAAUCGCCAAGAUGGCCAAGAAGGGUCUUCGUGCAUCCCAAAUCUGAGUUAUCUUCAGGGAUUACCACGAAGUUGGUCAAGUCCGCGGUCUCACCGUUCAAACCAAAAUCAUCAUCUCAAAUUGCUCAAAUAGUGCUGGAUGAGCAGAGCUGGGAUUCUGGGAGCUGGAGUACUGUACGUUUGAUUUUCUGUAGAUCUGAAACACUUCAUUUUCCCACUAAAAAUCGUUAUUUUUCAGUCGAGCAUCGAGAAUCACAUGUUGAGGUUGCUGCCGUCAGAGACUUCGGAGAUGCUUCUACCUACAGCCGCUACAUCCAAUGCUCUACCACAAACUUCACUACACAACAUCUUCGCCUACUAA